UUUUUUCUAGUUUCUGAACGGUAUGUCAUCGUGUUGUCAUUAUUUUACCAGCUGUCAAUGCUGUCAUCUGUCAUGUCGUCAAAUUCAGUCAGAAAAAUCAUCUUUUUCUAUUUCUCAAUUGGAAAGACGGGCCCUGGGAGAAAGUAACCAUGCCGCCUAAAAAAGCACCGAGUGGAGCACCAAGUAAAAAGACAGAGCAGAAGAAGAAGGAGAAAGUUAUAGAGGAUAAAACGUUUGGUUUAAAAAAUAAAAAAGGUGCGAAACAGCAGAAAUUCAUCCAACAAGUUGAGAAGCAGGUGAAGAGUGGAGGUGUACACCCUGUAAAGCCAGUCGAUGACUCAAAGAAAAAGGACAAGGAACAAAAGUUGAAAGAACAGAAGGAACUGGCCAUGUUGUUCAAGCCAGUGCAAAUACAGAAAGUUGAGAAAGGUAUUGAUCCAAAGUCUGUGGUGUGUGCAUUCUUCAAGCAAGGGCAAUGCACAAAAGGUGACAAAUGCAAGUUUUCUCAUGAUUUAACUAUUGAAAGGAAGGCUGAGAAGAGGUCUCUGUAUGUGGACAUGCGAGACGAUGACGACAACAUGGACAAUUGGGAUGAAGACAAACUCAAGGAAGUGGUGGAAAAGAAACAUGGAGAAGACAAGCAGAGACCUACCACAGAUAUCAUUUGCAAACACUUUUUGGAAGCUGUAGAAAAAUCCAAAUACGGUUGGUUCUGGGAAUGCCCAUCGGGGUCCAAGUGUAUAUACAGGCAUGCUUUGCCACCAGGCUUUGUUCUCAAACGGGACAAGAAGAAGAUUGACGAGAAGAAGAAUGAGAUAUCUCUAGUCGACCUCAUCGAGCGGGAGAGGGCGGCACUGGGACCGAAUCAGACUAAAAUCACGUUGGAAACAUUCUUGGCUUGGAAGAAAAAGAAGAUUAAGGAGAAACAGGACGCGCUGGUGAAGGCGGAGGAGCAGCGGCGCACAGACUACAAGGCGGGUCGCGCGGUGGGGCUGUCGGGGCGGGAGAUGUUCUCGUUCGACCCCGCGCUGGCGGCCGCGGACGACGAGGACGAGGCAGUAGACCUCGCCACCUACGACGAGGACGAACAGGACGACCUCACGCAGUACAGAGAGGUGGACUUCCAGACCAUUGGCAUGGAGGCUAGUGAGGUGGACGAUUCAGGUACAAAAGCCACGACGGACCGGCUGGAACAGCUGACGAAGGACCUCAGCAACGGCGACUCCGCGCCCAGCGCCGUGCCCAUCAACGAGAACCUGUUCCUCGACGAUGAGCUGGACGAGGAGCUCCAGAACCUCGACUUGGAAGACUAGUGUAGUAUAAGUUGUGAAUAUAUCAUAUUUUAAUGCUUGA